AUGUCUGCCAGACCGAAGCUGCUCGUCGUCCUCACGUCUCAGGAUGUUCUCCCCACGCGGGAUAAUAUGAAGACUGGUUGGUAUCUCCCUGAGCUAGUCCACCCAUACAACGAUCUCGUCUCUCAUGUCGAUAUCGUCAUGGCUUCCCCGAAGGGAGGCGAGGCCCCGAUUGAUCCCUACUCUAUUGAGGACUCCAAAGGGGAUGAGGCAUGCCAAGAAUUUUUGAGAGACAAAGAGCACCUCUGGAAACACACCAUGAAACUCGAGAGUUUUCUAGGUCGGUCUUCCGACUAUGCUGGUAUCUUCUUCAUCGGUGGCCAUGGCCCCAUGUUUGACCUCGCCGUGGACACCACAUCACACGCGCUGGUUCGGGAAUUCUACGAGUCAGGAAAGAUUGUCUCAGCUGUCUGUCACGGCCCUGCGGCCCUGGUCAAUAUCAAGCUCUCGGAUGGGACGUAUAUGGUCAAGGACCAGGCAGUCACGGGGUUUUCCAACGCCGAGGAAGAUGCCUAUAAGUUCACCGACGCGAUGCCUUUCUUGCUUGAAGAUGAGCUGCGAAACCACGGCGGAAAGUAUGAGAAGGCGGAUCAGUUGUUUGGCGUCAAGGUGGUUGUUAGUGGGAAGAGCGGGAAUCUUGUGACUGGACAGAACCCGCCCAGUGCUGGAGUUAUCGGUAAAACUUUGGUGGAGGUGAUUCAGAAGCUUCAAUCCUGA